CAAGACAAUACAAGCUUGCUCUCAUGUUUUCAUGAAAUAUUGAGAGAAAUAUGAUAUGGCUAUACUUCAUAGCCUUUCCUCACUAUGGUAUAUAUAUCAGUCAAACCUUAUGGUUUGAACCUGCAAGAAAAUUUCUUUCUUUCGCUACACCGCCAACAGCCGAUGAAGAAAACGUAUACCAAAGUUAUUUUCGUGAAAAGUUCUUGUCACAGCUAGAAGGGGAUAAUUACGUCAAAGCUGUUGACAGGCAUUCAAAAAAAUUUCUCGAGUUGUUACUUCAGAUAAUGUUGAUGGUCUAACUGUGCUGAGUCUGGUGGCCUAUAUAUAAAGGUAUACUGUGUUUUGUGGUGAAGAGUGG